AUGCCCGUCCAAAGGGACGAGCGUCCGCCCAAAGAUGGUAUUCAGGACGAGCGUCCGCCCAAGAGGGCGGGCCGUCCGCCCAAAGAUGGUAUUCAGGACGAACGUCCGCCCAAGAGGGCGGGCCGUCCGCCCAAAGAUGGUAUUCAGGACGAGCGUCCGCCCAAGAGGGCGGGCCGUCCGCCCAAAGAUGGUAUUCAGGACGAGCGUCCGCCCAAGAGGGCGGGCCGUCCGCCCAAAGAUGGUAUUCAGGACGAACGUCCGCCCAAGAGGGCGGGCCGUCCGCCCAAAGAUGGUAUUCAGGACGAGCGUCCGCCCAAGAGGGCGGGCCGUCCGCCCAAAGAUGGUAUUCAGGACGAACGUCCGCCCAAGAGGGCGGGCCGUCCGCCCAAAGAUGGUAUUCAGGACGAACGUCCGCCCAAGAGGGCGGGCCGUCCGCCCAAAGAUGGUAUUCAGGACGAACGUCCGCCCAAGAGGGCGGGCCGUCCGCCCAAAGAUGGUAUUCAGGACGAGCGGCCAGCCAUUUGA